GUGAUUGCUUUAUUUUUGAAGAUCGCUUGUACCAAUAUGACUGUUGAAGAAGCCUCUUGUGACGCUGCCAAUCAAGAGCGAGCGGAUCGCAGCCCAUCACUAGCGCUAGCCUCGCCUCCACAGGCUCUUUGCGACAACCUCCAGCAAAUACCCCGAGCCUGUCUUGCUACAAACAACGAUGAAGAAUUGCUGAGUCAUUUCAAUUGGCACACGCUAUCUUUCGAAGACUCAGCAUGUGACGGAAGCCCGGAUAGCUACAUUUUUGGGGCCACCUUGCUGUACGGGAAUCUUGCGCCAGAUCGCGUCACCAGAUUCAACGAUACUGUCAACGUGGCGGACUUUCUCGCCAGCUUCGAUUUCUCCGGUAAUAGCACGGCCCAUCCCAGCGAGCGCUACUGCUUGCACUUGGAGGAUGUCAAGACUCGACUGAGAACCGAGCUUGACGGCAACGUUUCGGCGGGUCGCGCCCAGCUGGUUGAAACGACCAUUGACAUCGCAUCUCGGGCGCGUCUUGAGAUGGACGCUGUACCUUUAGAUGUGAAUAACCAAACAGGCCAGACAACGUCAGAAGUACCAGGGGAAAGCGAUGCACCGUCGGUUACUGAGGCACCGAACCAAAGUGCGCCUGCCAAACGGGAAGUCAUGGCUAGUGAAGCCGCAAGCAAGCAACCUACCCAGGAUCCAGAGCUUCAGACAGCAGUCUCCAACAGUCUUAUGAAAGCUGUUAGCGAGGUAGACGCAUGCACUUGGGAGCUUGAGAGCAUGGCUCUUGAGAAGGACGGUUGGACCUUUGGGUUUGCCUGUAGCCAAGCCUGGCGCUGUUGGACUAAGCACGAUAAUUCGCUCGGCGCGCUCGCCAUUUGCGACUACAGCAAGAAGACGCCUGAAGCAACUGCGGCCGAUCGACCGGCAUUUGAUUGCUGCGGGACAAUCUCCGUAUCCUUCAAACGAAGUAAUAAGACGAUAAAAAUGACAUAUUCGCAUAUUCCCAUACAUAAGACUGUGGGAAGUCUCUGGAAGUUAUUUCAACCUGCAGAACCGCCGAUACCAGUGCUGGGUCCGUCUCCUAAGAAGCGAACGCCAGCCAAGUCAAAGCCCUCUGUUGCUGGCGCAAAACGCAAUAGGAAAUCUGGCACGGAAAGCGGCACAACUCCCAAAAAGCGAAAUCGGAAAACAAAGGACAAAGACGCAGAUCCCAGCGCCCAGCUCACCCUCGAGCAGAACAUGGCAUCGCUCGCACAAGAGGUACAACGCCUGUCAAGCACUGAUGAGCCCUUAGACCAACAACCUAGUAAUAGGACCAUAUCGCCUGCUGCUUUGGCCGAAGGAUCAGCUGCGCAAGCCUGGAGUAUAUCCGGAAUAUCGGCUGGAGAGGCUACGAGACGCCGAGAAGUUGCUGCCAAACUUCUGAGUGAAAAUGGCGUGGACGCUAGCACGCUUUCUGCUGACCAAUUUAGCGUGUUGUCGAACCAAGCACCGGAUUUACAGAAAAAGUCGAUUGAAAUGCUUGUGAAGUACGGCGCUGAGAGUUUACGAAUCGUCCAGCCAGGCAGUAAAAGCACAACCAAGACAACUUCCCCCCCAACGACCAACGAGAUCCCGGCUGGACCAAUUAUUUUCCAGACAACUGGAAAGAGACAGAGGACCAAAUCUAGGGUUAUUUGCUUCAACUGCAAGGCAUCAAAGUCAAAAGUCAAGGUAGGUUAUACUUGGUUGACUGCUAGUACGCUAAGGCUAACAUAUUGAUAGUGUUCCAAGGAAUUACCAACGUGUAAUAUUUGUGUGCAGAGUGGCCUUGUCUGCGAGUUCCCUCCGCCGCGACCUCGAGCAAAGAAGUCGCGCAAACCGGAGCAUAAUGAGGAAGAGGGACAGAAUUCGGACGCGGAGUGGGAAGAGGAUAACGACCAAUCUAUGCUAAGCGUAGCCCCGGAUGAGACGAGCGCGCAAGGUUACGGGGCUCAAACGCAUUUGUUCCCAACAAGCCACCCUGCUACCAACCCUGCAGUUGAUGCGACUAGUAACCCAACGCCGAACCAUCAUUAUCAGCAAAGCGUGGCAUCCCAGCCGCACAGUACCACUAUGCCGCCUCAAUACCAGGCCACUGGACUACAUACCCUAGCUGAUGCGGUUGAAAGGCCUUCUGAAGCACACCCUAAGGCUUCUCCUUAUCCAGCAUCGCCCGACAGCAACAUCGGCAACCGGAAUAGCACCGGCUAUCCCUACGCGAAAUCAUACAGCUCUUAUGGAUUGCAUCCACCAUAUGGAUCACCACAAGGGCGCGCUGCUAGUGUUCAAUCGAGCGGGGUCUACAAUACACAGAGCAACUGUAUACCCGGAAGAGAUAGAAUCGCAAGCGCAGAUCAUCUAUGUGCCAUACACUUAUAAUUCACGAGCAUUCACACAGCCGAAGGUACCAGAGGCCGUGGUCAGGCAAAUACGCAACAACGGCCAUGGACAGGCGAGCGGGCCGCCGGUAAUGACGUGGCCUCGGGAUUUGCCACGCUUUGUACAGUCUUAAUGCGACAACUCCGAAGACCUCCUAUGACUGGUUGGGCACGUCGUUCGUGUCAUUUGGACUUAAUGAACCUUUCGAUUCAGGUAUUUCAUAUGUACCAAUUAGCACCAUCUGAUGUUGAAAGAACUGUGAAUUUAGCUAUGGAAGAGAUGCCAACUUUUGAGGAAGACAUUGCUUUUGUAACUAUGCAUCUAGCCAGGACAUAAUUUUGAAUGAAUUAAAUU